AUGGGAGGCGCGGUGAGUGCUGGUGAGGACAACGACGAGCUGAUAGACAAUCUGAAGGAGGCGCAGUACAUCCGCUCUGAGCUGGUGGAGCAGGCCUUCCGAGCUAUUGACCGUGCAGACUAUUACCUCGAAGAAUUUAAAGAGAACGCAUAUAAAGAUUUAGCAUGGAAGCAUGGCAACAUCCACCUCUCUGCUCCGUGCAUCUACUCGGAGGUGAUGGAGGCCCUGGACCUGCAGCCUGGUCUCUCAUUCUUGAACCUGGGCAGUGGCACUGGCUACCUCAGCUCCAUGGUGGGGCUCAUCCUCGGCCCUUUUGGAGUGAACCACGGGGUGGAACUCCAUUCAGAUGUGACAGAGUAUGCAAAACAGAAGCUGGACUUCUUCAUCAGGACAAGCGACAGCUUUGACAAGUUUGACUUCUGUGAACCCUCUUUUGUUACUGGCAAUUGCCUGGAGAUUUCUCCAGAUUGUUCUCAGUAUGACCGGGUGUACUGCGGGGCAGGCGUGCAGAAGGAACACGAGGAGUACAUGAAGAGUCUCCUCAAGGUCGGGGGCAUCCUGGUCAUGCCGCUGGAAGAGAAGCUGACUAAGAUAACACGCACUGGCCCUUCUGCUUGGGAAACCAAGAAGAUUCUGGCUGUCUCCUUUGCUCCGCUGAUCCAGCCCUGCCAGUCCGAGUCCGGGAAGUCGAGGCUCGUCCAGUUACCACCCCUGGCUGUUCGCAGCCUCCAGGACCUGGCACGCAUCGCCAUCCGGGGCACCAUUAAGAAGGUCAUUCACCAGGAAGCAGUGAACAAAAACGGAAAUGGACUGAAGAACACUCCCAGGUUUAAACGAAGGAGAGUUCGCCGCCGCCGAAUGGAAACAAUUGUCUUUUUGGACAAAGAGGUCUUUGCCAGUCGGAUCUCUAACCCCUCUGAUGACAACAGCUCUGGAGACCUGGAGGAGGAGCGGCGGGAAGAAGAGGUGACCACCCCGCCGGAUACCAAGCCUGAGCCCCCGGUGAACUUCCUGCGUGAAAAGGUCCUGAGCCUCCCUCUGCCAGAUCCUCUGAAGUACUACCUGCUUUAUUACAGAGAAAAGUAG